UGCAACACGAAUCCUUUCUCUUUCGUUUUGCUUUGAUUCAACACUCAAAUCACAGAGAUUUUUGCCGUUUAUCAAUCACAAGAAAUGCACUCAUGCAGAAAAUUUCAUGUUUUGAUGCGGUUCUUUGUUUCAGUUAAAAUGUCAUACUAUUGCUGAAGGAAAUCAAUCUUGGUUGGAAAACUCGAAAACUAGUAGAGGAAGGUGUCACGAUGGGAUCCCGACUGCAGAUUCCAGGCGAUGACUCUAUACUGUUGCAUGUCACUCAUUCCAACUUGAAGAACUUCGCUGCCGAUGUCCGCUUCUCACUUGAGAUGACUGUGGAGUCUGUGAAGGAGAAGCUUUGGAAAAAAUGUGGUACUUCUGUUGAUUCAAUGCGGCUUGAACUCUACGACGAUACAGGAGCUAAAGUUUGUGAUUUGGAUGACAAUUUCAGACCCCUUGGGUUUUUCUCACCACUAGAUGGGUAUCGGGUGCAUGUCAUAGAUCUGGACCCCUCAUCAGUUACCUCCGGUGGCUGGUUGGAAGACACUUCACUAGUGGAAAAGUACUCUAUUUCUGAUGAAGCCUACAAUAAACUUGAUGGCACAUUUCGAAAAUUUAAGGAGAAAUUGGCUUCUCAAAAUCCAUCGAUACUUGAAAGUAAAAUCCCUGAUAACUACAUGGAGGAUCUUGGCACAAAUAUCAAGGUAGGAGAUAGAUGUGAAGUGGAACCUGGAGGGAAAAGAGGGGUUGUCAAGUUUGUCGGUAAAGCUGAAACUGUGGCACCUGGUUUUUGGGUUGGAAUUCAGUAUGAUGAACCUUUGGGGAAACAUGAUGGGACGGUUAAAGGAAAACGAUAUUUUGAUUGCCCGCCACUUCAUGGUGCAUUGCUCAGGCCGGACAAAGUCAAGGUUGGUGACUACCCCGAGCGAGAUCCCUUCGAGGAAGAUGAAAUUUGAAAUCAUCUAGGAAGAUGUAUGAAGUAUGGCCAAUCUAUGAUAGUUUCGAAGAUCUGGACGGUGGAUAUCCGGUGGAAGCUGCAAGUGGGCCCUAUCCAACGACAUAUAUAUGCAGUUGGUUAUGUAUGGCUCUUUGUUGAAGGAGUCAAAAGCAGGGAGAAGCUGCACGCGUUACAAAUAGAAAAAGGCAAAAAGCAGAUGUCUUUGUGGGGAGUGGGGCCAUCUAUCAUUUUCAUUGAAGUCGCUCAACAGGCUUUGUUGUCUCGGUGAAAAACAUAGAUGCUCUGGCGGGGUAUGACAGUUCAUACUCAUGCACAAAUCAUUUAUACACAUUUAUUACAUUCAUCAGAGGUUAAGUUAAGAUCACUUAAUCAAGCUGAUUUUGUGGAUA